AAGCUUUAUAACAAAUGGUUAUAAAAUGUCAUGUCAGUGAUUUUCUUGCCUUAUGACACUGAUUAUAAUGUCUUUAUAAUGAACACUUCAUACCACAUGAUAAAGGUUAUGUGACACUUAGAACGCAGCACAAGGUCUCAGCAUGGUCUAAGUGUUCUCUCUGAACUGGGAUUAGUUUUAGCCACUUUCAAAACCCAAGAGCCACUGGGAGUGUGAAUGGAGACAGAAUUUCAUUAUUUUCUAAUUUGUUACAAAACAAUCACAUUUGUGAACUGCUUGAAGCUGUUAUUUGAGAGAGGAUAUGAUGUUUCAACCUUCUGAAUUGUUAGAAAUGAAAGCAGUGAGCACUCUUAUACUGUGACUGAAAUGACCCUGGAUCCUCCAACCAAGGGCCUCCUAGGAAAAACAUGGGCUUGAUACCGUACAUACAUCUAGGCUUCCAUUUCUGUUGUUGAACCCAUUCUUUUCUUUUGAAUUGGACACAGUUAAAAGGUCCCAUGGUUCCAAAGGAAAGUGCUCUUUGGAAUAGAGCCAAGGCAUUGCUAGGAGUAGUGAGAGAGAAAGACUAGAGCUAGGCUACUCAUUACUGAGCCAAUGGAGGGGCCAUGGAUUAGGAAAACAACUAAUCGAGGAAGAAAAACACUCAUACAACACUCACAUUGUAGCUGAGGGGACACAGAGCCACAAGCUCAAGGACUAAAACAGCUUCCUCUCAAAGUUUAUGAGAUUGUUCUGAUUAAGGUUAUAUUGCUUUGAGAAGACACAGUUGUAGUUGCAGGAUAGAAUUUACAGGUAACAGAAGUGAACAUGUUUGCUGUGCACUUGCUCUCUUUCCAUUCCUCCAAGCCUCAGGAGGACCAAAUCAAGAAUGUGACACAUUUCUGAUGUGUGAAGGAUCGUAUUUGAUCAGAAACCUUUUUUUUUUGGUUAUAUGUACAUACUAGCGAGGAAAGAACUUGGCUUUGGACCUGGGAGGAAGUAACUUCCGGGUGCUGGUGGUGAAGAUCCGGAGUGGAAUAAGCAAGUCUGUCCGCAUGUACAACAAGAUCUACGCCAUCCCUCUGGAGAUCAUGCAGGGCACAGAGGAGGCGAGGCUGCCACUGCCCCACAGAGGAGUGUACUGGAGGAUCAAUGAGUUAUCCAGCUAACUUUGAUAAACAACCAGAAAUAACUAUGUUCUGCUUCAUUAAGAAAUCAAAACGUAGAUAUGUGUUUUGAUUGUUGAGUCGAUCAGCCCAUGCCCAUUUCGAGCUUAUCUUUAUAAAAAGUAAUAAGUUAUUUCAGAAUAUUUAGGCAAGUUAGCUGGCUAACUCAUUUAUCCUGCUUUGCAGGAUAGCCCUGUGGUGCCUAACCUUAACCUGACUCAAACAAAUUCUCUGUUUCCAGGUGUUCAACCACAAUUUCCAGUGCAUCUCAGAUUUUCUGGACAACAUGGGAAUGAAGAAUACUCGCCUCCCGCUUGGUUUCACCUUCUCCUUCCCCUGCAGACAGUCAGGAAUCGAUAAGGGAAGUUUGGUUAGCUGGACCAAAGGGUUCAAAGCCACAGACUGUGAAGGAAGUGAUGUGGUGGAAAUGCUGCGAGAAGCUUAUAAGAACAAGGAAUGGACGAGGAGUAACGUGUGUUACAUGGAGGAAAUGAGAAACAUGGAGAUGGUGGAGUGGGACAAGGGACGGACGUGUGUAAACACAGAGUGGGUCGGUUUAGGGGAGAAUGACUCCCUAGAGGACAUCUGGACCAGCUUUGACAGAGAAGUAGAUGAGGGGUCAUUGAACAACGGCAAACAAAGGUUUGAGAAGAUGACCAGCGUGACCGCUUGGCGCUACUGCAGGUGAGGUCCAUUCUGCCGCAGCUGCGUCUGGACAGCAUACGUGAUGACAGCGUCAUCGUCAAGGUGGUGUGGUCCAUUUUAUUUUUAUUUUUUAUUUUUCUUAACAACAAAUCAAUACAGGAAGUACAAGUGCGAACACAAGUAUAUAUAAAUAAUAUACAAAGGACAAUUGGGCUAGGGGGUACAAUAUCACGUUACAUAAGGACCUUAAGGGACAUAUAUAUACUUAUAAUUCUAACAGCUUUUUUGUUAGUAGAGUAUUUAAUUGUCUUAUUAAAAUAUAGUUCCAUUUAUUUUUGUAAGGUAAAAAAUGUGUUUGUUUUUUUGUAAAUUUACAUUCGUGGAUAUGAAAUUUGGCCAAAAGAAAAAUGAAAUGAAUUACAUAAAAUUGUUUCAUCUUAUUUCUAUUGUAGGUAAAUAAUCGAAGCAGUACAUCUCUCCACAAUAGUAUAAAAUCUUCAUAAAUGUGUUCAAUUAUAAAUCUACUGAUGUCUUGCCACAGUUUUCUUACAUGAAUACAAUGCCAAAAAAGAUGCAACACUGUUUCUGGGUAGUCAUUACAAAAGGUACAAUUUGAGUUUGUUUUCCUUAAACUUCUUCAUAUAGUGGUUGGCAGGAUAAUAUUUAUGAACAAUUUUAAAGGAAACUUCCUUAAUUUUGUUAACAAGUAGGUAUGUGUGUGGCAACAUCCAAACUUUUUCCCAACAGAUAUUAUCAAUAAAUCCAUUCCAAUAAGGCAUGACAUAAGGUAUAACAUCCUGCUGAAACAAGGUUCGUAUCGCUCUGUUGUUGAAUGGGCCAAAAGAGAAACAAAUCUUUCCUACUGAUGAGUCAACAGGGUCAACGGAAGGUAGGCUAUGAGGGUCAGGUCUUGACACGUUCCUGAAUAAUAAAGCAACACCUGAGGGAAUGGCGUCUAAAACAAUUGCAAAAUCUUUAGGUGUUACGGGGACCUUGUAAAUUGAUAAGAAUUCCUUAUAACUAAGUAAAAAACCCUCUGCAUUUACCAGUUGACUCAUCAAUAUGAUAUUAUUUCAGAACCAAUAUUCUAAAACCAAAUAAGUAUUUUUAUACAGUAUAUCACGAUUAUUCCAUAUAUAAUAUCUGUGUGGAGAAAAAUUAUGCUUAUAAAUUAAGGACCAUGACAAGAAAACCAGCCGAUGAAAAGCAGAAAGUUUCACUGGAACUUUGUCAAUAUUAUAAUUGCAAACCAACAUGAAGUUAAGGCCACCAAAAGUAGAGAAGACAUGAUGAGGAAUACAAUUCCAGAUAGAAGUGGGUCUUCUUAGGAAUUGUUUUAUCCAAUUGAUCUUAAAAAGUAGUAAAGUAGUAAAGUCCAGAAAAUUCCGCCCACCAUUCUCAUAAGUGUUCAUUUCAACAGUUUUCCUAAUGUAAUGGGUACGGUUUCUCCACAGAAAGUUGAAAAGCAUCUGGUCUAUCUCCUUGCUUAUUUUACUGUCAAGAUAUAAAGAUAGAGCGCCAUAUGUUAGUCUAGAGAUACCUUCGGCCUUGGUUAUUAGGACUCUUCUUUUAAAGAUAAGUCCCUCUGUAGCCAGAGAAGCUUCUAGACUUCUGAACCUUUGUAAUGGUUAUGCCUAAAUAUGUACAGUUGAAUUCAAAAGUUUACAUACACCUUAGCCAAAUACAUUUAAACAGUUUUUAACAAUUCCUGACAUUUAAUCCUCGUAAAAAUUCCCUGUCUUUGGUCAGUUAGGAUCACCGUUUAUUUUAAAAAUGUGAAAUGUCAGAAUAAUAGUAGAGAGAGUGAUUUAUUUCAGCUUUUAUUUCUUUCAUCACAUUCCCAGUGGGUCAGAAGUUUACAUACACUCUAUUAGUAUUUGGUAGCAUUGCUUUUAAAUUGUUUAACUUGGGUCAAAAAUGUCAGGUAGCCUUCCACUAGCUUCCCACAAUAAGUUGGGUGAAUUUUGGCCCAUUCCUCCUGACAGAGCUGGUGUAACUGAGUCAGGUUUGUAGGCCUCCUUGCUCCCACACGCUUUUUCAGUUCUGCCCAAACAUUUUCUAUAGGAUUGAGGUCAGGGCUUUGUGAUGGCCACUCCAAUACCUUUACUUUGUUGUCCUUAAGCUAUUUUGCCACAACUUUGGAAGUAUGCUUGGUGUCAUUGUCCAUUUUGAAGACCCAUUUGCGACCAAGCUUUAACUUCCUGACUGAUGUCUUGAGAUGUUGCUUCAAUAUAUCCACAAAAUGUUCCCCUCCUCAUGAUGCCAUCUAUUUUUUGAAGGGCACCAGGCCCUCAGCAAAGCACCCCCACAACAUGAUGCUACCACCUCCGUGCUUCACGGUUGGGAUGGUGUUCUUAGGCUUGCAAGGCUCCCCCCUUUUCCUCCAAACAUAACAAUGGUCAUUAUGGCCAAACAGUUCUAUUUUUGUUUCAUCAGACCAGAGGACAUUUCUCUGAAAAGUACGAUCUUUGUCACCAUGUGCAGUUGCACACCGUAGUCUGGCUUUUCUAUGGCGGUUUUAGAGCAGUGGCUUCUUCCUUGCUGAGCGACCUUUGAGGUUAUUUCGAGAUAUAGGACUUGUUUAACUGUGGAUAUAGAUACUUUUGUACCUGUUUCCUCCAGCAUCUUCACAAGGUCCUUUGCUGUUGUUCUGGGAUUGAUUUGCACUUUUUUUGCACCAAAGUACGUUCAUCUCGAGGAGACAUAAUGCAUCUCCUUCCUGAGCGGUAUGACGGCUGCGUGGUCCCAUGGUGUUUAUACAUGCGUACUAUUGUUUGUACAGAUGAACGUGGUACCUUCAGGCGUUUGGAAAUUGCUCCCAAGGAUGAACCUGUUACGAUGAGCGAAGGGGGGGACCCAAGAGCGGACCCAAACAAUCACACCAUAUGAGUGAGAGAGAGAGAGAGAGAGAGAGAGAGAAAGAGAGAGAGAGAGAGAGAGAGAGAGAGAGAGAGAGA